CACUGCAAAAUUCAUUUUCGUGUUUUCGACUGUACAAGUUUAUUUUGAUUGUUUUUAUUGAAUUUAGAGUGAGAGAAGAAGAGUUAUAAUAUUCAAAUUAUGUUUCUCACAAAUAUAUUACUAGCAGAAGCCAAGAAGAAAAGCAAAUACCUAAUGGUAACGGUUCAAAGCAUGGUUAGCGGACAUUCAAUAAUACUUGUUCGUCCAAGAGAACAGGAUAAAUAUGAAUUGAUUAAAUUCGAUCCAUGGAUCCGAAAGAUGGCAUAUUACAAAGAAAUUAGGAAGAUACGUGCGUUGUAAGGUAGAAAUAAAUAUAUCAUUUGUUUUUAAUAUUUAAUAUCCGGAUCGUUUUUCGACGCUUGCAUUGUACAUAACUCGCCUUCCUAAAACAUGAAAGUGGACUUUAAAGUCAGUCCGCUUUAUUUUCGGAAUUAUUUGAAAUAUGUUUUGAACAAAAAGGAGAGAGGUGGAAAAAUCUGCGAAUUAUUGUUAAAUAAUUUUACAACGACGUUACAGUAAUAAAUACUUAGCUAACACAUAUUCAAUAAACCAACCAGGUUUUAAA